AUGGCCAAGGUUCCUAGAAACUUUCGACUCCUAGAGGAGCUCGAGAAGGGCGAGAAGGGCAUGGGUGCUGAGGCUUGCAGUUAUGGUCUAGACAACCCUGAGGAUCUGCUCAUGUCUGACUGGAACGGCACGAUCCUUGGUCCCCCUCAUAGUGUGCACGAGAACCGAAUCUAUUCCGUCAAGAUGCACUGCGGUGAUCAGUACCCCGAUAAGCCGCCUACGAUUCAGUUCGUCAGCAUGGUGAACCUUCCCUGCGUCAAUGCGCGCAAUGGCCUCGUCGACCCGUCGCAGCUGCCCUGCCUUGCCAACUGGAAGCGCGAGAAUACAAUGGAGACCAUCCUCAUCGAGCUGCGAAGAUACAUGGGUAGUGGCCAGUGCAAGAAACUGCCUCAACCUCCGGAGGGCACUGUUUACCAGAACCAAUAG